CCUAAAAAAUACAUGUGGAGUAAACAUGGCAGUAGACGGCUUGGUUUUUUGCUACAACAAGGGAUGUGGGAAACGAUUUGACCUUCAGGCGAACGAUGAUGGAGUCUGCCAGUUCCAUCCAGGAGGACCUAUAUUCCAUGAUGCCUUGAAGGGUUGGUCCUGCUGUAAGAAACGUAGCACCGAUUUCUCAGAAUUUCUCAGCAUUCCUGGUUGUACAAUGGGGAAACAUAACGAAGUGAAACCUCCAGAGGCAGAAAAACCACCGAAAGCUAACAAUGAGGUGAUAGUAUGUAAGCCACCUCCUCAACCAUUGAAACCAAAGGAUCCAAAUGAUAGACCAUCCUCAAAUGAACCUAAACAGAAACUCAAACAAGUUAUAGGAGCAUCUCUUCGAACGGCACUGGAUAAGAAACUCAAAGAACUAAGCCUGAUGCAGCUAAAUGCAGACACUGAUGGGAAAUCGGAGGAAGUGAAAAUAGGAACAUCUUGUAAACGAAAUGCUUGUAAAGGUUGUUACAACGGUGAAGAUAGUAAUAAAGGAAAAUGCCAAUAUCAUCCUGGGGAACCUGUAUUCCAUGAAGGGAUGAAGUAUUGGUCAUGUUGCCAGAGGAAAACAUCAGAUUUUGACACUUUUUUAGACCAGGAAGGAUGCGAGACAGGAACUCAUUUGUGGAUCAAACCAGAGUCAGACAAACAGAAAGUCGGAUGUCGGACAGAUUGGCACCAGACACCCUCCACAGUCACUCUAUCAGUGUUCGCAAAAGUUGCCAUGCCUGAUAAAUGUCUCAUUGAAGCUAAUCAAGUCUCAUGUAGUAUCCACAUUACAUUUGAUGGAGGAAAAAGCAUUUUUGAAAAACAGAUAGAAUUAAGAGAGGUGAUAGAUCCUUCAAAGAGUGAUGUCAAAUUGCUAGGAACAAAAGUGGAGAUUAAUUUACGAAAGGCUGAGAGUUGUAGCUGGGCAUCUUUGGAAAUGCCAGUGCAGAAAGAAGAGAACAAUUCUAAAGCUAAAGAGGGGGACCACUGACAGACAAAACAGAGUUAGGACUUUCAAUAUUGAUUUUUGUAUUUGAACAGUUUUUGAAAUUGUAUACUUGUGACUUUGACAGCUUGGGAAGUUUGAAAUGAUAGAUAUUUUCCAAUUCAGAGUUUUUUUCUUUUUUUUUCCUUUCAAAGUGUACAAAUUUGGAAUCUCAAUAUCAAUCACUUGUAACUUGGAGUAAAUGGAAAUUUCAAAAUUUGAUAUUUGUACUUGUAUAUUUGGUAUAUUAAAGUUUACAAAUAAAAAAAAAAUCGAAUGAAUCUAUCAUGUGUUAUUUAAAGCAAAGAAACAAAUAUUUUCAUCAUUUGAUUAUGAAAUAUUUUUAUGUUGUACUUGUCUCUAAAACUUUACCUUGAUUCCAUUUUCAGAUAAGAUUUGUCGAUUGUUUGUUAAAUUAAUACCUCUUUUGGAAUAUAUAUAU